UUCUCCAUUCCGAAACCUCCUCUCGUCUUUAGCGCUAACGAGUGUUUGAUCGAUCGGAACCUUUGGGGCAAGCAACGUUUAUUCCUCGGUUUCAGCCAGGGCUUCUUGGUUUGCUUUUUUGACUCCCCCCUCCCAUAUAGCCUGCUGCCGACCGUGAGGACUUCGUUUUGAAAUCCCAGGCGCCAGAUUUAUCGAGCCCGACUGCACAAAGUUGAUAGGCAAGCUAGCUAGCUAGCCACCUAGCUAAGUCUUAGCUAGCUUGCAGUGCUGGUCGGGGGGAGCCCGUUUUGUUUUUUUUUCUUUGCAAACAUUUUUUGGGGGGCGAGUUUUUGUCAUCGCGCUGCAACUGGCUGUAGUUGUUUCCACUCAAAUCUGAAGACUAUUUGCGGUGAGGUUUAAAGCGGUAAGCCGGUUGUUCCUAGCUAGCGUGCUCGAUAUAGCCUGCUAGCUAAUACCCUGCGUAUUUAGCCUGGAAGCCAGUUCAAGGCCUCAGUCCAGCGCCACCACCAGCUGCCACUGCCGCCACCAAAGUAUUUGCAUUGCACCGCAGUGAGAGGUGACAGCUUACUUGGUGACGCAGAGACUUCUCCCUGAGGAGCCAAGAAGCAGACGGCUCAUGACUUCUGACCAGGACACGAAAGUUGUAGCUGAACCACAGGUGCAGCAAGUACAAGAGGCAAAAGAGAACUCUCAUUUGGAAUCCGCCAAGGUUUCAGACCUCAACCCCAAUGCGAAAGCAUGGGCCAACCACAUGUUUAGCCUGGACCCCAGCGGGAGUGCAGACACCACAACUGCUGCCCUGCAGCCAUGGAAGGAAGGCUGCGAUAGUUCGGCCGACCCCGGCCCAGAAGGCUAUGAAGCCAGUGAAGACAAGGCUUACAAGGAGCCCCUACUAACCGACCCAGAUGAGCCUCCACCAGUACCAGUAAUGCUGGCCGAGCCGGCCCCCGUGGCCUCUGUCGCCCUGGAGUGCGCCGAGCCAGCCUAUACAGAAUACCCGGAGCCUGGGCAGCCUGGGCACACAGGCAGUGAUCCCCAGCCUGAGAAUCCCCAGGAGGGCUUGAGGGAGCACCUGAAGAAGACCCUGGAGUUCUGUCUUUCUCGGGAGAAUCUGGCCAGUGACAUGUACCUCAUCUCCCAGAUGGACAGUGACCAAUACGUGCCAAUUGUGACGGUGGCCAACCUGGACCAUGUCAAAAAGCUCAGCACCGACGUGGAGCUGAUCGUGGACAUUUUACGAUCUCUGCCAUUGGUCCAGGUGGAUGAGAAGGGGGAGAAGGUGCGACCCAAUCAGAACCGCUGCAUCGUGAUCCUCAGAGAGGUUCCUGAGAGCACGCCCAUAGAGGAGGUCGAGGCUCUUUUUAAAGGGGACAACUUACCCAAGUUCAUCAACUGUGAAUUUGCCUACAACGACAACUGGUUCAUCACCUUUGAAUCAGAAGCAGAUGCACAGCAGGCAUAUCAGUAUCUGCGUGAGGAGGUGAAGACCUUCCAAGGGAAGCCAAUUAAGGCGAGGAUAAAGGCGAAGGCAAUCGCUAUCAACACUUUCAUGCCAAAGAACGGUUACCGGCCAGUGGAGGUGAACCCAUACGCCCAGCAGCGCUACACGUCCUACUACAUCCCGCCGGUUUACAGCCCCCAGCAGCAGUUCCCCUUAUACAGCCUCAUCACGCCACAGGCCUGGUCGGCCACACACAGCUUCAUCGACCCCACACUGGUUGCCCCAUUUCACAACAACCAAUUCAUCAACGGAUUUACCACAUCACACAGUUUCAAACCAGCGACGUCGCCCCUCACUGUCAGACACUACUCGCCCAGGAACAGGAAUCACAGUAAACCUCACUUGAGGCCAACCAUCCCCACAGCGGACCGCAGUACGGGGCUCCUGGACAGCCCGGGCCUCUUUCCCAGCUUCCCCAGCGAGAGGCUCAACGGGGUUCGCAGCAGCCCGCCGACACGACUCCCCACCAGCCAGCCCAGAACUAGGUUACCCUCCACCGCGGCCUUCCCUCGUAGGGACACCGUCGGCACGGGGCGGGUGACUGAGCCCACAACCACCGACUACUCCCUGGGCGUCGGUCGAGGAAGGAAAAAUGUUUCUGCUUCUAGGAAAAAGAGGGACGAAAAGUUUACAAGAGUGACACCUCAGUCGCCGCCGCCUCCUCCCAAACCCCCGUCUCCGAGCUUCGAGCUGGGCCUCUCCAGCUUCCCCCCCCUACCCGGAGCAGCUGGCCAGCUCAAGACUGACGACGUGUUCGACAACCGGCUGGCCAGCAGUGUAGUUGUUGGAACCACCAAGGAACGGAAUGUAAGUGCUGAGUCCAGUACUGGAGGAGCUCUCUCUCCGGCAGGCCCCAAAGAGCCACUUCGGUCCUCCUCCUCCCCGAUGCCUACAAGCUUCCAGCCCUCGCCGACCACCCCAACCCCGGCUUCAGCCCCCACACUGACCCCAGCCGCCGGCCCACCACACAGUCCCGCUCCCUCCCUGCCAGCAGCGGAGGUGAAGGUGGCGGAGGUGAAGCCAAAGGAGGUGCAGUUGUCCGUGGAGCGAGUCCCUGGCACUCUGUCCACUGCAAGCAAAUCGGUGCAAGUCAACGGUGCUGCCACAGAGCUGAGGAAGCCCUCCUACGCUGAGAUCUGCCAGCGGGUGAAGGAUGCCCCGACAUUACAGCAACCGCCGACCCCCAAGGAAGCCAAGCCAGCCUGCGCUGCCCCCUCCGCAGGCGAGGAGAGGAAGUGCCCCGAUGCCUCCACCCCUGCAGCGGAGGCCAAAGCCAGAGAGACAUACCCCCCCUCCUCCAAACCCGGCUCGGCGGCCGUCACUCCGGGCAGACCCCCGAGGGAGGCCAGAAGGCCGGGCGGGCGGUGGGCCUCCCCGCCCCCACACCCAGGGAAAACCCAGAGCAAAGAUCCCCACCACACCCCGCCCAAGUCCCCACAGUAGGGAGACUCCCUGCCCCUUCCCCGAGUCCUCCAGCCCCCUUCCCACUAUGCUCCACAGAUGCGUUUAAAAAAGGAAAUAUAAGUCAGGGCUACUCAAUACUUAUAUCCCAGAAUCACCAGUCACAAACAAGCAUAGAGGACGCCUUCUUUUCUUGAUCAGGGCUUGCAGACAAAAAGCACUUUACUGUGCAUGUAGAGCACCGUUUCAUUCUUUUUAUUCUAUUUAUUUGCUUUUUGUUUUUUGUUUUUUUAAUUUUAUUUUAAAAUUACAGUUUCAUUUCUCCUUUUCUCUUUUUGCAUUACGUAGUUGUGUCAGCCUGUCAGUUGGCACAGACAACACUGAAGUUUAUUCAUUCUGUCCAAAUGGCCUUGUGGGAUUAAAGUAGUCUUGUGUGCGAAGCAGCAGGUCAUUGUUGGAAGCCACCCCAGUGGAUGAUGGGAAAGAGUGCGUACAACAGACUCCACCUUGUUUGGCUCUCAAAGUGAGGGGUUUAUUUGCAUGUGGAGUGGCACAACUUUAUGUAGCUUAAUUAUGGCUCGUAAUUGGAAGAUGUGGUUUUUAAAAAAAAUACAUAUUCACAUCCAUAUGCAACUUAACAUCUAAAUCUCAUCACAACAAGACUCGGGAUUCUUUUGUUUACAUCAACUCAGUGUUUUUUUUUUUGUUUUUUUUUUCUUUCCUCCAGAUUUAUUUACACUAGAUGGCGAUUGUUUAUUGAAAAUGUUUUCAGCUUUGUUUGCAGACUGUUGUCGACUGUCGGUACAGUUCCUGCUGGUAAACGCCGCCACGUAAAACAUCACUUCCCUCUGCUGUUGUGUUGUUUUUACCGUUUGCUAACACCGCUAACCAGCUAGUUGUGUUGCAUAGCUUGUGUCUAACAACCAAUGUGACACCAAUGCUGUUUUUUUAAGCGUCACACAGGAAAGGCAUUUGGACGUCUGCAACCAAAACUUUGUUUAAAGACAAAUUAGGAAUCAAGGCGCCUCUUGUUGGCCGAAAUUUAUUUGUUCGCUGGAAACGUCUGGGAGUGGGUUAAGAUAGGUUUUUCCAGUCACUCUUGGAAAUGUGUAAAGAAAUCAACAUUUUCUUUGCAUUGAAUUUUAUUCUUGGGAAAAGCUAAGCAAAGCAGGCUCUCACAGCUGCAGCGCUCUCUUAUCUCUCCUCGUUUCCUGUUAAAAAACUGUGGAAUAAAACGUAUCAGCAGGCACAUACUGUCCAAGGAAAACACAGGGCAAGUUUUUAGUCCGACCGACCUCGUCUGAAGCAGAUUGGUUCGCUCUGGAGGCGAGGAGGAAAUUAACACUAGCUGCAGUUGAGAUAAGCAGUAAACCCUCGUCAGUAUAACCACUGUGACGGGUGACUAACUGUUAGAAGGAGGAGGUGUAGGCCGACUUGUUCCUGCCUGAAAUGCACCAAAAAAAAAAAAAAGGGCAUGAGUGGAGAGUUGUUGUGGGGUGUUUCUCGUUCACAUCAGUGGCAUGUCUCCAGUUCUUUCUGAUAGAUACGGUGCUAGACGUCAAAUCCUGGAAUCUGUUGCUACAACUCAUCCGAUACUGUAUGUAGAAAUACUUGAUUUACAUCUGCAGAACUUUAUUUGCACUUUUAGCGUUUUCUCAGACUUCCAAGCAAAAUGUUAUUAGAUGAAGCAAAAAAAAAAGAAAGAGAAAAAAAAGGGAAUUGAUCCUGAAAGUCAAGGAAUGAAACAUGAUGCAAAUUCAGUUUUCCAGGAGCAAAUAAACUCAAGGACCCUGUGACACCUUCUCUGUAGACACAGUCGCUGAAGCCUUUUGUUUUUGUUUUUGUCGUUCUGCCUUGUGGAUUCCUGUUGAACACACUGUCGUGGUACAGGACGGGUGUUGUCGGCUUGUUACUUAUGCUAAUUUUAACUUUUUAUUUCUGCUGAAGGAUUUGGUUCUCGCACAGGUUUGGAUUCUGGCCUCCGGUUUUGUAUCGAGAGUUUUGACUGAUAAAGUGAUGACUAUGGAAAGUGAGACUGUUGAGUAUUUUUUGUGAAACUUAACCAAUGAAGGUAUAUGAUGAGAGGGGGUGGUUUUUUGGAACGUAGUUGGUUGGGAGUCCCAUUGGGGGGCUCAUAUUGGACAGUGAUGACCCAAACAUCCUUUAAAAAUGGCAGACGAGAGCAGGUAGGUUUACAGCAGGCACGUCCAUCCUCGGGGUGAUGAUGUUCUUCCUCGACAUCGAGUCUUUACCACUAGGGUUGUUUGUCUGUUUUCUUUAUUUUGUCUGUUCUUCAGUCGGCGUGCUCUCGGUGGUUUCUCCUCCUUCGAGUUUGCACACUUUGAUUUGUCCUCAGUUUAAAACCAUUUCUUUAAAAAAAAAAAAAAAAAAAAAAAAGAAA